AUGGGAGGACAGGUACAGACAGCCUUUUCCGAUCUUUUCAAGAGCCACGGCUAUCGCACAACUCAUGAGAAAAGGAUCACACCAUCGGCGUCUCCUUUCAAAAUCCGAAAUGUCAUCAAUUCAAUAAAGGACUCAAGGUGGCCGGACGAUCAUAAUCCCAGGUGUCGGAAAGGUAGAACUUUCAUUCGAACCAAACGUUUAUCUACAAGAAUUCCAAGAAGUACAUCUGCCUACGGCCAUACCACGUUGAAAGCAAGCCAUCCCAACUUUUAUUUGAACCAAACGUUUAUCUACAAGAAUUCCAAGAAGUACGUCUGCUUACGGCCAUAUCACGUUGAAAGCACGCCAUUCCGUCCGAUCUGGCAAGUCAAGCAAAUUUGGGCCUGGUUAGUACUUGGAUCGGAGACGGCUUGGGAAUCCCAGAGGUUUACAUAG